AUGUUGCUUUUGCAGAGAGGUAAUGUUGUGAUCGACCAAAGCGGGGGUGCUCCUAAAGUCAAGAACGUGGGUGCCAGUCUUGUCAAGCUAGCUGGUGAUGUUAGUGAAUGCUGGUUAGAGUUAGCUUGUUUUAGUAUUAGAUUAGGACAGUCUGAUAGUUGGUUGUAUCACGUCUUCUUGAGCUUUCGUGGAGAGGACGUGCGCAAAGGCUUUCUUAGUCACGUUCGGAAAGGGCUCAAAAGCAAGGGAAUCGUAGCUUUCGUUGAUGAAGCGAGGCGAAUCAGUCGGUCCCAUGCUUGUAGGAGCGAUCAGACAAUCAAGGUUGCGGUUGUCUUGCUCUCCGGUAACUAUGCUUCUUCAAGCUGGUGUCUGGAUGAGUUGGUGGAAAUCAUGAAGUGCAGGGGAGAGUAUAAACAAACUGUGAUGACCGUUUUCUACGAGGUGGAUCCAACUGAUGUUAGGAAGCAGACAGGAGAUUUCGGAAAAGCCUUUGAUGAAACCUGUGUGGGAAAAACAGAAGAGGUGAAGAAGGCAUGGAGGGAAGCUCUGAAGGAUGUCGCCGUUAUAGCUGGUUAUGCCUCUAGCAACUGGCACAAUGAAGCAGAUUUGAUCAGCAAAGUUGCCUCGGAUGUCACGGCUGUGCUGGGGUUUACACCGUCAAAAGACUUUGAUGACUUUGUUUGGCAUAGGAGCUCAUAUCACGGAGAUAAACUCCUUGUUGAGCCUACAAUCAGAAGAAGUUAA